UUAAUAAGAAUUCAAAAAGAGGUUUGGAACAACAACGCCGUUAGUAGCACAAAAUUCAAUCUUCAUCGUUUCAUUUCCCUCCGUGUUUCGAAUCGUCACAGCAAUGGAAGGUGCUUCCAUCUUCCACGACUCCGAUCUUCAACCUCCCGUCGCUGAAACUGGACCAGGUCAACAACCGAAAAGAGGUAAAGGUAAAUUUUUCAAGGGUGAUUCUGUUUCUGUUGUUGGAGCUGCUCAGAAGAAAAUUCUGGCUGAUAUAACCAACAAGGGCCAACCAAAGCACCACCCUGCACCAGUACUUCCUCCACCUUCAACUGAUGUCUCCUUUGACCUCAUUCUCAAUGAAAAUGAAAUGAUGAGGAAGCUCUUAGGUCAAAGAAAUGUGGUAAUAGAAUCAUAUAAAGCAGAGCUUCAGAAGUGUCAAAGCAAUUUUCAGAAACUUCGGAAGCAAAAUGCAGAACUUGCACUUGCAAAUACUCAAAUGACGCGGGAGAUUAGUGCAAGCAGACAAAUGGUGAGGGAACUUCAGCUUGAAUUAGCAUGCAAAAAUGGUAUACUCAAAGCUAUGAAAUUAACAUCGAUGGAAAAUGAUCACAACAGAGCAAAACUGAUCCAUGACAUUGUUGCAGAUGAGAGUAAGCAGUCAGAUCAAAAGUUUGAAGAAGAAAACAAGGGAGAAGAACAAAACAAAGGAGAAGCGAAAAGGAAGAGGAUGUCCAAAUCUCAAUCUUCUGCACCUGCUGUUAAACAAGUCAAAUCAGAAAAGGUUGACAGUCAAAGGUGUUCUUCGAGAAGGAAAUCUGCAGCGUUGAAAGCUGGAAAAUCAGGAUCAACAGAAGAAGUAUUUGAAAUAAAAUAUGAUGCCUCACAUCCUCUUGAAAGUUUGGCAAAUGAGAACGAAUCAACAUCAUUAGGAUCCAAAGUUCACGAUGUGGCCGGACAAGAUACUGAAUCCUCAGGACCUGCUAACACUGAACAAGUUCUUGCUAAAAGGAAUGUUGAAAAUAAGAGGCAUAGUUUGAGAAGGCAAUCUGCCCUGUUCAGACCCGAGAAACCAGAACCAGCUGAAGACUUCUUUGAUACAGAGGAUCCAAAAUUUGAAGUUUCCAAUUUAUGCGAUGAUAUGUCAGAAAGUCUUCCUACAGCAUCAAGUGAGACUUCAGAAAACAAUGCCUGUACACUUGAUCCUCAGGUAACACGAAGAUCGUCUAUUGGCCGGCCUUCGCGUCGAUCAGCUGUGAAGGUUGUUUCGUACAGGGAAGUUCCAAUUAAUCUGAAAAUGCGUAGGGAUAAGUGAGUCAGUUUUAUAUAAGGUUUGCACCAAAGUGUCAAUUGUAGAGAAGAGUGAAGUGAAAAUCUGAAAGCCUUAUGAUAUGUCCUACUUCUUGAUGCCACAAUGCAUGGUGGCAGGGAUUAUUUUGAUUCGUUGAAUAGCUUCUUGUUUAGGACUCUGCAUAAUUGAAAACUGAUGUAUGUUCUAUGAUAAUCAAUUAUAGAUGAUAGUAUGUGAUCGACUCAAGUCAUUUCUUUGUCUCCUGCCCUUCCCUCUUUGUCACAUUGUAAAAUAAAAGUUAUGGUGCUGACCAGGUUAUUCUUUGUUUUUCAAAUGCAAAUGGAGAGUUCAAAACAAAAAAACAAGGUAGUUUAAUUGUAAUUGCAAACUUCAUUGUGCUUGAACUUGAUUCUCCUAAGAUUGAUUUUGUUGAGAA